GGAGGGAGGUUUGGCUGGUGGUGAUGUCAUGAACCUGUCGUGCAAGUGCAGGCGGAGGAGGGUGCUUGAGCAGGAGGGAAGAGGGUGUGUAGCUCCUGUAUAUUCAUUACCUGCUUUUAUUCACCUUCAGAUCUACAGCUCAGACAGAAAAAAAAGGGGAAGCGUUUCCUCCUGGAUCCAAGGACUGCUGUGGUAUUCCAGGCUGAGCGGGAGUCAGACACAUAGCCCAAGACAGGUUGUGUUGACCGUGUUCUUCUAAGACCAGUCCAAUGGCGAAAGAUAUCUGAAUGCGUGUGCAGAACACUUCAAGAUACAUGUGUCGCUGCAGCUGGACUGGUUCUCGUAUUGAUCCUGACCACAAGGAUGUGUCUGAUUGGUAGCUGCUGAGCCGAGAGACAAGAUGAGUGUCACCUCAUGGUUCCUGGUGAGCAGCUCAGGCACUCGCCACCGGCUGCCACGGGAGAUGAUCUUUGUUGGUCGAGAUGACUGUGAGCUCAUGCUUCAGUCCCGCAGUGUGGAUAAACAGCAUGCCGUAAUUAACUACGACAGUGACAAGGAUGAGCAUCGCGUGAAGGACCUCGGGAGUUUAAACGGAACAUUUGUGAAUGAUGUGAGGAUCCCUGAUCAGAAAUAUAUCACACUGAAACUAAAUGACAGCAUUCGGUUUGGCUAUGAUGUUAAUAUGUACGUGUUGGAACAGAUCCAGCAUAAUGUCCCGGAAGAGGCAUUAAAGCAUGAAAAAUAUACCAGCCAACUUCAGAUGAAUUUAAAGACCCCGGUAUCCGCAAGGGCAGAGCAUCUAAGGGAACAACCUUCUCACGCAGACUCCUCGUCUGGGAAACAUGACAAGACGGAUAAGAAAUUGCCCAGUGGUGAUGAUCUGUGUGAUGUUAUUCCUAUAGAGCCUUCCAUCUAUCGCACACCCCUGUACGGCCAGCCGUCCUGGUGGGGGGAUGAUGAUGCAAAUAAUAAGCAUGAGAAGCAUGAGGGCAGAAGGCCAGAAGAUCACUAUUCAGAGCUACCAAAAGAGAUGUCUCAGCACGAGGAAGAAAUGAAUGGUAACAUGGGGUACAGAGAUGCCCUUGACCAGUCGCUCUACUCGUUCAGGAGAGAACCCAGCUAUUUUGAAAUUCCCACAAAAGACUUUCAGCAACCGGCCAAAACCCCAGAGGCUCAGGUCCAUGAAAUCCCUACAAAGGAUACGGAUUCUGUUACACCGCCUGUGGUGCAGAGCCACGCCUCAUUCACGAUCGAGUUUGAUGACUGCCGGCCUGGGAAAAUUAAAAUUAAAGACCACGUCACAAAGUUCUCAAUGAGGCAGAGGAGGAUAGGUGGUAAGGACUCUGGUCCAGCAGAAAUGUUGAGCGUGGAAAAUAAAGUGGCUGACUGGUUGGUUCAUAAUGACCCAAGUUUAAUAAGAAGGCCUUCUCCUGGAGAAGAUGCUUACAGUACAAAAAGUGACCUUCCCAUUCACAACAGAACUCUCAAAGGUAACCGGCAUGAAGAUGGCACACAGAGCGAUUCAGAAGAUCCACCAGUACCUGUUGUAGAAAAGGAGAUUACUCCACCCGAUAAUGGAAAGCUUCAGCGCCAGAUAAAGCGGGAGGCUGAAGAAUUAUUGCACAGUCAACAAGCGUUUGUCAUAGAGUUCUUUGACGAUGACACUCCUCGAAAGAAGAGGUCUCAGUCCUUCACGCACAAUGCAAAUGCUUCUCAAAACGAUGCUGACCCUACCAACAAAACGAAACCUGAAAAACGAAAAGGAGCGUUACCUGUCGAGAAGCCAAGUACUAAUGGGACAUCUCCACCUAUGCCAGCUUCCAAACCACUGACCAACUCAUCUACAUUUCCUCAGAGGUCUAAUUCUUUCAGAAGAGAAAAGACCGAUGACCGAAUUCACACAAACACAAAUGCUCCUUUACCCGCAAAGCCUCCAGUGAAAAACUUUGGAAGCAUCGGGAAGAAGUCCAAGCUGGCUCAGGAGUUUGUUGCUGAGUAUUUGCGCAAGCAGAGUGAGGAAGUGAACGAGGCACCUGAAAAACCUAUGACGUUGCCUCUGUCAACAGGAAUGACACAGCCCUCAGCCAACCAGAUGCAGCCAUCUACAAUGGUCCCCCCACCUUCAGCACCUGUGGCUCAACCCUCCGAUAUCCGAACUGCGAGAGUGAAAAAGAACGAGGAGGAGGACAGUUUGAGCGAUGCUGGGACAUAUACAAUUGAAACAGAGAAUCAAGAUAAAGAAGUUGAAGAAGCCAGGAAGAUGAUAGACCAGGUAUUUGGAGUGUUUGAACCUGAGGAGUAUUCCAGAAUUUCCUCUGCAGUUUACAGGCCAGUCAUUAAGCUGGAAAAGGAGGAAUCGUCACUGAAUGAGAAUAGCAUACAUCACCAGGCUCUAAUACUGUCCACAACUCACUCUGUAAAAAUAAAUAGUGGUCCUCAGACUGAUGUGCAGGUUGCAAAAUCGUCUGGCUCCAAUGCUAAAGGUGGCCAGAAAUGGGUUUCCCGGUGGGCAAGUCUUGCAGACAGCUACCCUGAUGCCUCUCCGACUUCUCCUUUAGAAGCCCAGAAGCUGGGAUUAAGUGUUGAUGAUGGAGAUUUUAUUGAGCACAUGGAAAUUCCCAGUGAAGGUGAUCCUGCUUUCCCCUCAAGGACAAGGCGACUUCUUCCUCAGCUCCCACCCAAUGACAAGUCUGAAAGCUCUACACCAACUAUUUUGGUCUGUUCCGAGUCUUACUCAGAUGUUCCUCAAAAAAAGGUGACCGAAGAUGAGGGGAAAACUGUGCCUACAGACCCUAACAGUUUACUAUUUAUACAGGAAGAUCUGGACCCAGACAGUCUUAGCGAUGCCAGCAAGUCAGAUGAUGGUAUCCUGUCUAGCAGAAAUUCUAACCAACUAUCUAAUGUGUCUAAAAAUGAGUGGAGGAGAGAGGACCUUAGAAUCCAGGACCCAAAUAUUCAGAGAAUAAAUAAGAUUGCUAAUGAACCGAAGCCCACUUGCUUUAAUGUAGGAAAUAAUAGCGAGAUGGGAAGCUUAUCCCAUGUAAACUCCAUGCUGCCCAGUUUAGAGAUACACCCAGAAUAUAAAAGUCAUGAUGUGCAAAUGAAACCAAAAGGUAAUCUGUACUCAACACAGGAGCCGCCAACCAAUGGAAAGAUGGUUAACCAACUACUGAAAAAUGAAAAUGAAUCUGCAAGAGAUCCAGUUUCAUUUGUUAGACAGGAAAGUUUUACCAAAGACAAAUCUAGCAGCAACAUCUCUCCCAAUAAACUUCCUCAUAUCUCCACUCACCCCCUUCUUAAAGACUUGCAUGUUACGAAGUCAAACACUGACUACAGUCAGGAAACACAGCAGAUCCUGAAGGAGACUGAAAAUGCUUUGGCCGCUCUAGAAGCCAAGCUCUUUUCUCAGAAUAAUCUUGAGGAGAUAGAGAAUGUUCCUUGCCCUCAAGAAGACUCGUUAUCGGCAGAUUCCGAUGUGGAUACAGCAAGCACAGUCAGUUUGGUAAGUGAUAAGAAUGUGCCGAGUCAUACACAAAAGAGCAGGGUGGUGGGUCUUCACAAGGAAAAAUCCUCCUCGUCAUCCUCGAUACAGGAUCAAUACAGCCAAUCCAGUGCUCGUGAGAGGCUCUCUGAAAAACGCAGGACUGGCCCUGCCGAGGGAGGAAGCAGGAGAGAUGUAACCAAGAGGUUUGAAAUGAAGCGCAGCACUGGGACUCGUGGUUCACUAGAUUUCACAGAUGAAGAAAGAAGUACCAGUCUUCCUUACAUACCCGUUGGUGACACAGUGUCCUCAGAUUAUGAACAUUCCUCAAGGAAUCUCUCUAGAAGGAGACCUUAUGCCCAGUCCACUAAAGAGGAUGCAAGCAAAAUGUCAGCAAAUACUCAAAAAGUUCAACAAGCUCUUACCCGUUCAAAUAGCCUAUCAACACCCAGACCGACAAGGGCAUCGAAGUUACGCCGUGCCCGCCUUGGUGAAGCAUCAGACAAUGAAAGUGCAGAUGCAGAGAGGUUGAAUAUUAGCCCGGAAGCUUCUUCUGCAAACUCCUCCUCCGCCAAAAGUUCUAAUGAAUCAAAAAAGCUCUCCCGUCUUGAUAUUCUGGCCAUGCCAAGAAAACGCACUGGUUCAUUCACGGUUCCAAGUGAUUCUGAAACUUCUUCCUCAAGAACAGGUUUUUCAGGCCGUAGCAUGGACAACAGUUAUGCAGGUCGCAAAACAACCAUGGCAGAAGUUAAACAACCGAUUGUGAAACCACAGGUGCCUACAACCAAACAACCGUUAACCAGAGCGCGACCUGGUAGCGUCAAGUACCCCUCCACAUCCACUUCGAGACGGAGACAGCAGGGUUCAGAUUACAUUUCUACAUCUGAGGAGGAGUAUGGCUCUAAUCACAGCACUCCUAAACACAAACGAUCCCAUGCUUCAACAGCCACACAGACUCCUAGGACACAUAACGUGUCGCACCGUCAGCGCCACAACAGACUCCAGGAUGACGAUGAUGAUGAUGACCAGAAGGUGUACAAUAACUUCAUAGCCCAGUCUGCAGAAAUUGCUGAAAUAGCUAGAUUGAGUCAAACCCUGGUAAAAGAUGUAGCCAGUUUAGCAAAAGAAAUACAUGAUGUAGCCGGUGACGGGGAUUCCCAGAGCUCAUCCGGAACUGGACACAGUACCUCUAUAAGCUCCGUGCCAAACACACCGGCUUCCAUUAUCUCUGCAAGGGAAGAGAUACUUAAAAGAACCCCUCAGAGAGUACUCCCAUCACAGCUUGUUCAUCAUAUCCCAGAGGCAAGUCUAAAUUACCAGAAAGUCCCACCAGGCAUAACAGCAUUUAAAGAUUUUGAUCAAAACAUGAAUGAUAAUCGUGAUGACGAUCCCUCCAAGAGACGAGCAAGAAACAGAGAGGAGGUGAUAUUUGACAACCUCAUGCUGAAUCCUGUAUCCCAUUUAUCACAUGCAAUAUGUGCAAAUACUGAAGUACUCACUGAAAAAAUGAAAAUUUUAUUUUUGAAUAAAGAAAAAAGUUGGGAGGAAAUUGAGACAAAAGUUAACUCUGAAAAUGAAGUGCCAAUUCUCAAAACAUCUAACAAGGAAAUCAGUUCUAUUUUGAAAGAGUUGCGCAGAGUUCAGAAACAGCUGGAAGUUAUAAAUGCAAUCAUCGACCCAGCUGGACACCUAGAGGUCAUUACUAGUAACAAGAAAACCGCACCAUCCAUUCAAUCAUCAGCUUCUCAAGUUAGGACUAACAGUUCUGUUACGAGAACGGAGUCCCAUCAACCAAGCCGUGUGAGAAAUUACAUCCAUAAGUCUAGCUCGGGUUCUUCGAGAUCACCAGAAUCCAGCUUUGGUAGAGAUGAGGAAGAUGCUUAUAUCGUUUAAUGUUUUUUGUUUUAUUUUAUUUUUAUUUUUUCCCCCUUUGUUCUAGUUUGAAUAACUUCUGUUAAGUGUGGCUUUUGGCAGAGUAUUUCAAAUGCUUGUGGUUUUCUGCAGGACGUCCAGUCUUCACCGAUACACAAAGUCUGUGCCGUGCAAAUGAAUGUCUAGUUCUCUUUCUAAAUCUAGCACCAUCGACCAUCUCUUGUUCCACAUAGAAGCAACUUUACUUGAAUCUUCUCCAUCUUCUUUACAACGUACAAUCUGUCUUUACUCUUACAAAUGUGCCAUAACGUUAGGAUUUAAAUGCUGUAAAUGUUUAUGCCAACAUGUCUGACACAGAUCUGUUUCUUGUAGCUAGAUUGCACUUAGUGAUCAAUUUUCUCUAAUGUAAAAAAUAAUAUAUAUAUAUAUAUACGGGAUACUUAGAGAUGGUAUAAAGAAAUUGUGUCUUGCCAAAAAAGUGUUUUACCGUAAUGCAAAUAUAUUCACAUCAGCUUGGGUUUACUGAACAUCGUGACUACUAUUCUGUUUAUGUCAAUGCCAAAAUAGACUGUAUCUAUAAAACCAACUAAAUUGAUGGUUCUUGGCGCAAAAUACUGUUGCUCAGGCCUGAGAAUUUUGCCACAUUUUGGAAUAUCAUUUAUAAAUAUUUUCAAAAUGAUGUAUAAAAAUACAGCAAUUCCUCCACAAUAUCAUCUAAAAUAAAUUAUCUAGCAGAACUCCCCAUAGUGACUGUAGUAUGGAAUCAUUGUCGGGCAACAAAUAUAAUUUCAUUUUUUAUUUUCGUUAUGUAAUUAUAAAUGUGUAUUUUCAGCUAAAAGAUUCCAUAUCUGUUAGUGCAGGGGUUCUGUAAACACUGGUGCCGAGAUGUGGGGGCAGUUACUAAUUACCCGGGCUUGUUGGAAGGGCCCGUGUCCACCGCUGCCACCCCUUCCCUACAGUUUAAUUACCAUGCUCCAGGAAGUGGGUUCUAACUCCUCUGCCGCGCCAUCCUCCCAGUGAUACUCUGGAAGAUGGUACAGCACAGUGAAAGCAAAGUCUUUGCUCUCUAGUGCACAUGCCAUCAUGCGCCUUCUUCCCGAAUAUCACUGGGAAGAUUGCGGCGGCUGAAGAGGAGUGAUCGGUUCCUGGAGCAAGCACAGUGAGAUCCUGAUGAUUGUUGGCGCCCUCACCCCCAACCACCACCUUCCAGGUUCUGCACGGUGCAAGCGUACCCUGCAAUUUGGGGUCAUGGUCCUGCCCUGAUUAGGCCGCACCCCCUAAAGUCCACAGCCACACACUCUACAGCCCUGUCUGUAAAUUACAUCUUUUCUACCUGUGAAGAGGAUUAUGUGAUUACAGAGUAGACACUGGAUACCUGAUAAAAGUUUAUUUAAACAAUUGGUGAGAACAAAGAAUUCUGCAGUUCCAUUGUUUUAUCCUGAGCCUCCAAUCACAAUUCCUGCACAAUAGCAAGCCAUAGAACAUUCCAUAGGUAAAUCAAUAGAAUAAAUGGCUUAUAUAAGGGGAUUUUUGGAUCACCUGCUGAAGGUACUUUAUACUUCUGGGGGUCACAGUAGAUGUAAUGAAUCCAUCCAAACCACACAUGGGUGAUGAAGGUUGGUCCCGUAUUACAUAGGUAAUCCUAUAAUGAACACUGCUCAUCCUCAAUAGGGUUUUCUUGCAUAAAUUCCUCCAGCAGUGGGAUCAUUUUUGUGCCAUGUUGCUGUGGCAACAUAUAAGUUUGUAAAAAAAACAAAACAAAAACAUUUUAAAUCAUUGUGGGACUAUUUUUGGAACAUAUCCAUGGAAACUGAGUUUCCCACUUUAUUCAAUCUUAGAGUAAAAAAUAUUUUAUUCUAGCAGAAUAAUGGGUGUUUCCUCUUUCAAAUGUUAUUACACAAAUGUAUUUUUAUGUAGAUUGUGUCAGGAUUCUCAUUACAUUUGAAUAGGAUGAUUUUAGAACUUAAAACUGAACUAAGUAUGUAAAGCUUGCCUUAUGACCAUUAUCGGAAAGGCAUAUGUAUAACUGUAUGUUUACAGACCUUUUCUGUAAACUGAAUCUCUUUCCGUGGUGUACCGGAAAGUCUGUAACAUAUAUCGGCAUGUAUUGUGCCACAAACUCCAUGUUAUCUGUCUUUCAGGCUGUGUUUGAUCUAAUUGGCUGGGUGUAUAUGAACCAUGAAAGACUGCCAAUAACUUUUAAUAUCACAUCGGGAUCUACAAAUUUGUUGGCUGGAAUGCACCGUAAAUGUGAUCAGACAAUAGGCAGUGACCGCAUCUGAAUGUAUAUGAGGUCAUCAUACGUUUAAAGUAGAGAUCAGCGGGUUUGGAUUUACUCUGUUCUUAACGCCAGAAUUAUCGCAAGUUCUUUUUUUCUGGAUUUUUCUCAUUGGCUAACCAAAACACGUGACAGCCGUGAGCCAAUUAGGAGAUUCGGGUAAAUCCGAGUAAAACCGAACUCGCUCAUCUCUAGUUUAAAGGUGGGGGAGGUGUACUAAAGCCUUGGACAGUGAUAAAGUGGAGAGAGAGAAACUGCCAACCAAUCAGCUCCUAACGCUCAUGUUACAGGCUGUGUUUGAAAUAUGACAGGAGCUGAUUGGCUGGUACUUUAUCUCUCUCCACGGCUAAGCAUCUGCCCCACAAAUGAUACAAACAUUCGUACCUAUUUGAAAGAGAUCUGGAAAGUUGGGGGUCAUCACAGUUGGGUUUUCACAUUUAUGAAUGCUACAAGGUACAUACUGCAAACUCAAACCGUAGCAAAUCUGUGCAGGUUCAUUAUAGCUUAUUACAGCCAGCCCACAUAUAGACAAUGCUGUUGAUGGAAUUAUUUUUUACCCAAAUUUUUUUUUUUUUUAGUUAAGUGAUUUAUUUGACUGCUGCUGUUUUAGGGGAUGAGGGAAUCUCCUUCUGGUUAUAGUACAUAUGUAAAGGUAUGAAUCUUCAGCUUCAGGCAACUUUUUUUUUUCUUGUUUUUAUUGGGCAGACCAUUUAAUGCUGUUGAUUGAUGUCUGUGAACACAACUUUUUUUCUUGUUUGCACAAUUGUUUUCAUUUAUGUAUGUUAUUUAUUUUGCACAUAGUUGUAAAAAAAAGUGUAAAUUAAAACCACAGCUCUCGAAUCAAAUACUUUUUGUUUUAGGUUCAAAAUCACUGUCAGAUUCCCCCCCCCCCCCCCCCCUCCUUUUUAAACUACUGUCCUUAUGUAAUAGUUUAGGUACCACAAAUUAGCUUACAACACGUUAGGCAUUUACCUUCCUUUGUCAAGUUUGCAUUUGACGCCGUGAUUGGUUCACAAAUGUGCUGUAAUCCGUGGCUAAUCAAUCAGGUGUUUAUGCUAAUCAUCACACCUAGAGCCUGAUUGGCUGAAUGUUGCUUCAUAUCACAAAAUGGCUCAACUGUGAGUAGGGAGCAGAUACAGUUAACAUUGUUAUUUAUUUUCCUUCAAAUUCUUUUCUUUUUUUUUAAAGUUUGCUGAUAGUAUUGUUUUAGACAGCUUAGAGGUGUAUUCAAUUAAUCCACAAGUCGGGAAAACUGCAUUUUCCGACUUUUUUAGGUCGAAUCUGGAUUCAACCUAUUCAAGUCUGUUACCGUUUUUCCGACUUAUCGGAAACAACGUGGAUCGGCGGAUUAGCUGCGGAUCCACGUAUUUUGUCGGUUUCUGACAGGUUUUUAGCCCGUUUUCGACAAUGCAGAUUCGACUUAAAAAAAAAAAAAAAAAAAAGUUGGACCGGCAUUGUUGGAAAUGGCCAGAAACUUUUUCGAAAUGCCCGCAAAUUGAAUAGUGAAGUGUCUGAUCCUCUCCGUUGGAGAGGAUCCCACACAAAUUGAAUAUACCCCUUUGUAGUAAAGGCUUCUUUCAGCAAAAGUCGAGCUCCUAAUGUAGCAAAGAACAGCGUAUUGAAAUGCAAGACUUGUGUGGCAGAGCAAAUACCUAUUUGCUUAUUCUUUAAAGUGGAGUGAAGAAAAAAACAAUAUGAUAAAACAGCACAUGUAAUACCAAAAUAGUUUUAUUUUUUAAUUAAUAAGAUUGUUUUUUUUUAUUGUUUAGAACACCUAAAUCUAAACAUAUUUCAUAACCUUUAUGAAAACAACUACUGGUAGUUUGCUGUAAUCUAUAGUAACCAAUCGGUUUCUCUAAAUUUCAUAGUACAGUUUAGAAAAUGUAAGCAACCACUUCCACAGACAAGUCCUUGCAAAUAAUGACACAGCCCGAUAUAAUUGAGAUUGGGUGUGGACCAAUGGAUCGACAAUGUUAUGAUCGACACCAAGCGGCCGACAUGUAUUAGGGUGAUGGGUACAAAAUGUCGACAGGUUCAAAAAGUUGACCUGUCAAUGGUCAACACACAAAUGGUCGACAUUUUUUGUUUUUUGUUUUUUUUGGGGGCCAAUUAUUGUAUGCUGUAUUUCAUGUUGUGUAACCACCAUCAGUACAAACGUGUACCCUCGCAGGCUCGCUCCAUUCUACUUCGCUUGCCACCGGUUACUAUUCUCAAUAGAUGUCCACAUGGAUAGUAUAUAAAGCAUAUGUUGAGAAAAUAUGGGAAAAAAACAUGUCUAUCAUUGUAAUGUCGUCCUUUUGAACCUGUCAACCUUUUGUACCCGUUGACCUUAAGCAUUGUCAACUCUUUGUACCGGUUGACCAUUUGCUGUUGAGCUAUUGACUGUCAACCAAUACAUUGUCGAUCUAUCAUCUGGAUACCAGUGCGAUUUUGUUUUGUGGCAAGACUACACAGACUUAGCCUAUUGUUGAGGUACCACCCUGAGAAGUGUUUUUACUGCUCCUUUUUUUUUUCUCUUGCAACUAGAGCGAAUCAUUCAGGCUUCUGACUGUUUAGAUGAUGAUGCAUGGAGGGCCAUCUAGUCCUCAUGGGCAUUAUAGAAUAAAAGGUCUAAGGGGCAAUUAUAUAAAUUUGUCUUGAAUAUCCAUGUAUUUCUGGCAGGCGUGGCACAAAUUACUUACUCAGCUGGUAAGGAUACUAGUCUCAGAGGCUAUUCCCGGAGGCUUAUAAUGAGGACAUAUUAUAGUGAAAUUUGAAACUAUGUUGUUAGUUUAUUAAGAAAAUUUGAACUUUAUAAGUUUCAACAUUUUACUUUCAUAAAAUUCCAAAGAUUAUACAUUUACAGUGUUUGUUUCUUCUGCAGUUUCAAUUAUUUUAACAUUUUGGUCAUCCAUGUGCCAUGCAUCUUACUGGUCAUCCCCAUGUCUCUUUUGUAUGCAGGGUCAAUAAUAUCCCCAUUCACCUUCAGGUAUUUACUUUGCUUUUGAAGUUUAAAAUGAUUUUAUGAUCAUAUACAACCUCAAUGGAAACAUAGAAUGGAAUGGUCAUUUAUAACAUGACUAUAAAGCACAAUAAACCUUUUGUUGAACUGGUAGAAUGUUUCCUACUGUAAAGCGAUAUAGAGGUUCUCAAUUCUGAAUCUGCCCUAUGUGUCCAGUGUGUGAGGGGAGAAAUGCUCCUGUAAUCAUAUGUAUGAGAAGCAUGGUUGAGUUUAGUAACUCAGAUCUAACACAGUCAUGUAAUUACAGUGCAUUGUGUUUAUACAGUGGAACUGAGCCAAAGAGAAAAAUCAAGAGAUUCUAUUUUUAAGCCUCACUGAUUUAAAUCUAUCAACAAUGUUCUGUCUUUAGCAGCCUUCAAAAUAGAAUUCCAAGUAACACAUUACAGUGCACCCGUUGCCUACAGAAAAUAGGGGCACCACAGUGUGAGCUGAACUGCACCUCUAAUGACCUCACGAAGAUAUGAGAAAGCAGCCUCUCAACUCUCUUGGACUUAGUCACCUCACUGAGGUAUGAUAAGGAAAUCUUUAGGGCCUAGUCACCUCAUUGAAUUAUUAGCAGGUGGCCUCUCAACUCACUUUGACCUUGUAAUCUCCCUGAGAUAUGACAAGGCAGCCUGAGGGAUAUUGAUCAUUUCCUGGAAAGAGAUAAAGUGGAGACAUUGCUCAUGGGGGGGGGGGGGUUUAUCUAAGCUUGGAGAGGGAAAAAGUACCAACCCAUCAGCUCUUAACUGUCUUUUUUUAAACACAGCAUGUAAAAUGAUGGAACCUGAUUGGUUUGUACUUUAUCUCUCUCCAAGAUUUGAUAAAUCUCACCCAAAGUGUAACCUACAGACCUAACUGGGGUAUGGUAAGGCAGCUUCUCAACUUAUAAGGACAUUGUGACCUUUCUCAGAUAUGAAAAAUCAGGCUUUCAACUCACCAGGACCUAGGGACCUCACUGAGGUAUGAGAAGGCAUCCACUAACUCACCAGGACCCAGGGACCUCACUGAGGUAUGAGAAGCAGCCUAUUAUCUCACCAGGACCUAGGGACCUCACUGAGGUAUGAGAAGGCAGCCUACUAACUCACCAGGACCUAGGGAAUUCACUGAGGAAUGAGAAGCGAGCCUACUAACACACCAGGACCUAGGGACCUCACUGAGGAACUAGAAGGCAGCCUACUAACUUACCGGGACCUAGGGAAUUCACUGAGGAAUGAGAAGCGAGCCUACUAACACACCAGGACCUAGGGACCUCACUGAGGAACUAGAAGGCAGCCUACUAACUCAACAGGAAGUUGCCUUUUCAUGAGUAGACUCUCAAAGAAAAUGUCUGCUUCCAUGUGUGUGGGUCAUUGAUGCACUUUAAUAGUACAUUACAUGCUAACCAUCAAUAAAUGUAUUCAGGUAGGAGAAUCUCUUUUCUCAUAUUGCUGCAAUUUGUGAACGUAUUUUAUUACCCCAGUUUCUCCUAUUUAUGCAUCUAUGAUGCCUUAAAAAAAUAUUCUGCUUAUUUUUGUCUUUUUAAUAGUUUAAAAAUUUUUGUUUUCCCAUUGUUUCUUUUAUGUACACUUCCUAUUCUUGCACUAAUUUUUAAAAGAAGUUAGACAUGUAUUACUAUUUGUUUCUUCUUAUUUGACACAUUGGGUGGUAAAUUUACUAAAGCUUUGAAAACUGACCAGUGGUGGUGUUGCCCAUAUCAGCAAAUCUGAUUGCAGUUAUCAUUUGUCUACAAUCAUAAUCUGAUUGGUUGCUAUGGGCAACAGCACUACUAACUUUGUAUCAGAAGCUUCAGUAAAUCUUCCCCUCAGACUCAUUCUCAUCCUGGGUACUUGAAAUUUGGGUAAAGGUUAAUGUAAAAAAACAAAACGGACUGAUGUGAUAAAUGCUGUUCUAUAAGAAUGUGUUAUUUUUGUUAUUGCACAGCUGCGGGGUAUUUACAAUUCUUUUAGGAGUGUUUUAUGUAAAAUAAAUAAAAUAGCAAUGUUUUAUUUCAUAGUGCAUGAGAAUACAAUCUGCUAAUGCUUUCUGAUACUCUGUAUAUUGCCUUCUGGAAAAUAUGGAAUCUCUUGCUCUAAUGGUAUUGUGACAAAUUUAGAAAAAUGAAAAGCUUCUUUUAAUUUGUUUUAUAUGUGCCCUGUGCUGAUGAUAUUGUGCCACCAUACUGUACAUACUUCAGUGUUAGAGGGCUUGCAAUGCUAUGUAUUGCAGAAUCAUACGGUCUUGCUGCUGAUUUUAGUUUCUGUCAUUCCAAAUUGCAUGCCACACAGAUGCCAGUUCGCUGUAUGACAGUAAAUGGAAUUAUUUUAAAACUUGAAUUUAUUUCCUCCCCCCCCCAAAUAAAAUAUCAGAUUUUAUGGAUAAAAAUGUUAUGCUCAUCCUACCAUUUGUUUAUUUUAACAGUAAUUUAUUUUAAUUUCAUCUGUACAUUAUGUCCAAAAGUGGUAACGUUUGUUCUUGAGACAAAAUAGAAUACUAUUUUAUCUAAUUUUCCAUAAAAUAUUGUAAUAAAUCAUUCUUUUUUCCAUG